AUGAAGAAGAGUGAAGGAUGGCGGACGGAUGUGGAAGAAAUGUAUACUACGAAAUGGUACACUGCAUCGAAACUAAAAAUCAAAAUUGAGAAUUUGGCUACGAUUCCACCAAAUAUACACAUUUGGAGCAAAAUAAGGAAGGAUUUCCUUUCGAUGUAUGUGCUUGCUUAUCUUACGGGUUUGUGGAUUGAGAUUGAGAUUGUGAUUGAGUUUGCGAUUGCGAUUAAGUUGUCAAGACAAAUGAGGAAUGUGAAGGGAACACUUGCAGGAUUCGGUGGGGGGGGGGGGGGGAAUGUUGAGGCUUCCUAUUUGUCAAAUCGUAAUUUCAGCACUCAGCAGCAGCAUCGGGUUUUAAAAGACAUUCCGGAAUUUGUAAAGAUUGUAGAAGUUGGUCCGAGGGAUGGACUACCGUGUAUUUUGUGUGUUAACUUCUAUGGGUUUCUUUCCUCUCCAAGUACUGUCGUUCCAAUGCUUGAAGCUGUUAUUGGCAUGGUCCCGACUGACAUGCCUGCUGUCCAUUUUAAUGAAACUUAUGGGCAAGCUCUUUCAAACAUACUAGCGUCACUCCAGAUAGGAAUCAGCACAGUGGAUUCAUCAGUAUCAGGUCUUUGGGGUUGCCCGUAUGCUAAAGGAGGUUCCGGAAAUGUUGCCACGGAAGAUGUUGUGUACAUGCUGAAUGGACUUGGAGUGAAGACCAAUGUAGAUGUUAAAAAACUCAUGUUGGCUUGGGACUUUAUCAGUAAGCACUUGGGGCGCUCAUCUGGUUCAAAGACAGCAGUUGCCUUGGGUAAAGACACAGCUCCUGCCUCGAAGCUAUGAGGUACCACCACUAGAUUGUGCAAGUCUCAAUGUGUUACGCUCUAAAUUUAUUGAUACCUGAAAUAAAGAGGGGGAGUCACUGUAAGUUGUUUUGGUGAUGUGUGAUGUAUUGAUACAAGUACAUUUGUGCAAAGCAAAUGUGAGGUGAAUCAAAUUAGAGAAUUGAUGAGGACUAGAUGGAGACUUGAGGCAUGUUUGGUGACCCGGUUGGGAUAGAUUGUGACCAAUUGAAAUGGACAUGAGUUCAGUCUGUUGUUUGUUGUGUUAAAAUGUGAGAUAGACAUGAUGAGUUAUGAAUCCAAAAUAGAGUGGGUUAUUUAAUA